AUAGAUUUUAACAAUAAGCCACUUUUUCAUCUAUGCUAAUGAAUUCGAGAAGAGCCUAGCUAGUGAAUUAUUACUCUAUUGAAGUUGAGAAUGCAUCGAAGUACCUGGUAUGUAUCUUUUAAUCUCAAAUGCGUCAUAUUGUUGGUGAUUUACUUUUAAAAUAUAAUUUUUAUAAUAAUUUCAUGAAAAAAAAUAAUCAUUUAGUGAACUAAAAGCGUAAAAAUGUAAAGCAUUUUGGUGAACUAGAAGCGUAAAAGCGUAAGCUUUUAAGUUUUAAAGCGCAAAUUAGUCCGAUAUUAUACACUUUAAGUUUUGAUAUGGAAACGAAAGCGUUUUGGUGACCUAAAAGCGUAAAAUCGUAAGUUUUUAAGUUUUAAAACGCGAUUUUGACUGCAUUGUGUACAAGCAAUCACUCUAUUGUGCACCCAGUUGCCCCCAAGUUAUGAUAACGUGUUCCAUUAAUAUAAUUGUAAGUGAAACAACAGUGUGCUAUUUUUCAUAUGACAUUUAACCAUAUGACAUAUGACUUGAUUUUGAAGACACUUGAGCAUGAUUGGGAGAUUCGUUUAACCAAGCAUGUUGAUGAUUUUGCGGCCAUGCAUAUGGUCUGGUAGGUAGCAGAUAAACCAUUCUCUUUCAUGCAUGAACUUCGAUUCUCCUCUGAAAUGAUUCUUGUUUACUUGCAAAUAUCUCAAGCCCCUUGGCGAUAGUCAUAGGGACAUGAAAAAACGGGCCAUAGUUAGCCUUUGAAAUUGACACAUGAGAAGGCUUAAGAUGGGUGCUUACAAUCACCACAAACGACAUUCGACUAUAGUAUGUUGGCGAUAAGUGAAACUGCGAAUCCGCCUUGCAAAAUGUUACGAGAACCUAAUUGUUUGCUCUGUAUCUCAAUGAUUCAAACAUAGCAACUACGAAAUAUGGCACGAGCAGUUGAGCAAAUUAAGACCUCACUAGGAUUUAGAGCAUAACUAAAAAUCACUUUCACUCGACCAGUGGGGUAAGGACAAAUAAUUUAUGCAAAGAUGUUGCAUUUUAAAUAUGCUCAUCCUACACUCUUUCUAUCAUGAAGUUAGCUCCUAAAUAUUUGCAUUUCGACCGAGCCUCCAUGAAAUAGGUCACCAUUAACUUAUCCGGAGGACUUUUAAUAAUGUAAAAUGUGGCUAGGGUUAAGUACAUGGGAUAGUCGUUUCAAGUGGCUAAAAGUUGAAGGUUCCACUAUUUCCAAAACUCACGACUCUCUACUUAAUCACGCUCCUCUGCAUGAGAAAAGGAAUGGAUAUUUAUUUGAGGAUUUGAGAGUUCACUUAGCCAAUGGACUUUGUGAAACAACUCAUAUUAAGUGUAGGAAAUUGGAUGGACAACUCUCUUUUUAGUGGUAUGAUCUUUUGUACUUUUCAUUUGAGAGCUUAAAGGCAAGGGCAAAACAUCUUGAUUGUGGAACAACGCUUUUUGGAUAUGAUCCCUCAGCUAAUUUUUUCUGUCCGAAAUGCAGAAUACCAUAUUUUAAACAUCCCAUGGAACCUCGAAAGGGUUUGAGUAUAAGGGCUUGAAAGAACCGAGAUUGGUUGAAAACAUGGUGUAACUGAAGAAACAUGGUACACUCCAUGAGGUUUGACUAAGGGAUAUAGUAAUACGGAUAGUCAUUUAGGUUUUGGAAUACACCUAUGCCUCCAUCUUCCUAGUUAACGGUAUCACGACUCGGUCUCGUGCAAACAUUAAGCAUAAUCAUCAUGCAGAAAGGGAUCUAACACACAAGAAAGGAAACGAACUGGUACAAAAUUCACAGGCUUUCUAGCUGCUCAUUCUCUCAUGCAAGUUUUCCCAAUUUCUAUGUUUAAACAACCAAAAGUGUUGAUUGACUGAUUCUGAUUCACAUGUCAUUUUUCCAUGAAAGGAGGAAUAUCAUUGAUCACCUGCAUACUACAUUCUCAGUUGUCAUUAUAAACUGUCAUACAGCCAUAAUCAUCAUUUCCCUUUAUUGUGCACAUACUGGUAGUCUUGGUAGAAAUGGGAAACCAAACUCCCAACUCAAAAUAUGGAUACAAGAUUAUGAGAUCAACAAUUGGAAUGGAUUUCCCAUAAGAAUCACCAAUAGUAGGUAGAUUUGUGUCCGUGAACUUUUGAAGCAAUGCUGACUAGCUUUCUCCUUCCUUCAUACUUGUUGGUGCAAUGCCAUUGGACGCGUAACGAAUAAUCUUCUUUAUUUUUCCUUUUCCACGCCAUCAAUGCCCCAAUUUGAUCUCCAAGAUUUUCAUAAUUUUCUUGAUUCUCUUUAAUCUCGUCCAAACGCUUCUGUGUCUUCUCGCUACAUAUCUGCUUGUGAUCCAGUUUUUGAGCAAAUUGGGUAUAUGAGAGAGGAAACAACUUUUUUUUGUCGGUGAGCAAUUUUGAAAACUUUCUAGAAAUCACAUCAUCUUUAUUACUCAUAUCAAAAUCUAGGUUUAAUGCAAGAAAAUUUGAGAUGGAAAAUGAGGAUUAAAAUGGGAAAAUGAAACGAGUUUGGUCAUAUGACAAGUUAUUAUGAAGGAAUUGGUGAAUAAGACAAUGCAUGGAAUGACUUGGGAAAAUAUGCAAUUAUGUUAUGAUUUCUUUAAAAAAAAUUUUGGGUGAAAUGUGAUGAGAUGGACAAAUUUGGUAUAGACAUACACGAUUUCACAAGUUAAAGAAAAAUUACCACAAAGUUAAUAGUAUAAUUAUGCGUCGGGUGGGAUCUAGGUUUGGACGCUUUAAGGGAACCCGAAUUGUAUUUCACAGUCGCUCCAUUGAGCUAGUGAAAUGUAACCUCAUCUAAUAGUCUUUCGGCGGUAUUAGAGUAGGUUCCAUUCGGGCUGGAGGAUUCCGUGCGCCCUUACCAUCCUAAAGGCAUACACUACUCCAUCUGAGGGUCCUAGUAAGGGUGUAGCUCGGGUGUAGAGCUUUAUGUAUGAACAUCAUCACGUAUCGAUAGUAAAUAAGCAACUCAUUUCAAACAAACAACAUUAAAGACAAAUCAAACAUAGCCUAACCCACGUAGGUAAAGAUAAACCUGUGUCCCCAGCGGAGUCGCAAACGUUCCGUCCGCGACGCGGCGCGAAAAAGAGGAGUCGCCACCAAUCUCUCAAAGUGGAUUGGACACUUGGGAAGCCAAGCUUAAAUCGGUUAAGAUUUAGGCUCGGCUCGGUCUGCGAAAUAGAUUUUUUUGGGUUCGAGGGUCGGUUACGAGUAAGGAAGGUAUUAGCACCCUUACAUUGCCCUAAGUCGGUACUAUAAGUUUGAAUUGUCUUUUUAUAUUUGUUUGUUUAGAAUUAUUUGGAUUUACUUUGUAUAUGUGAUGUCAUUUUUUUAAAUAUAUUACAUGUUCAUCAACAUGUAAUUAUGUUAGAAGAAUGAAUUAAUAUUUUUGGUAAUUUUCAGGAGAAAAGGUUUUAUUUAUUAGUGGACUUGGACCCGUAGGCCGCCUACGUACCCGACAUCUCGGGAUCAAAGCCCUCGCAGUUCAACUGACACUUACUUGUUUUAAAACAUUUGCUUACGUUCCCAUCGGUACGUAAUAGUUGCUUAAUUUGAUGACGAUCCAUAGAUCGUAAUUUGCUUGAGAUAGGUUAAAUGAUUUUUGACCACAUACCCAUCGGGACGUAAAAUUUUAUUGAUUUGAACACAAUCCAUCGAUUGUAAUUUGUUUAAAAAGGGUUAGCUGAUAAAUUGAUCAUGUAUACAUCGUAAUGACUUGAUCGUAUAAUUUGAUAAAAAUAAUAUUUUAGGAGUUCUGUGGGCUUGAACCUUUCGGUCGCCUACGUACCCGACAUCUCGGGAUCAAAGUCCGCGUAGUUCGAUUUGUGUUGAUUUGUUUGUACGAAAAGAGAUUAACUUUAGUGUGAAAAUUAACUAAACUAUUGGUUAAGAAUAAAUAUGUUCAGUUACAAUUGCAUAUCAAUAUUAUUUAACUGGGUUGAGUGGCUAAACACUCAGCUUGACGAUAAAAUGUAACUGUUUGCAAAAUUAAAGGAUUUUUAUUUUUGUCAAACAUUUAAGAAAAGGUGAGGGCUACGUCGAGUUACUUAGAAAUUAAGAGAUAAAAAAUCCUUACAUGUGCUGUGAUCCGACGCAGAGAUGACCAAAACCCAACCUUUUCCCCCUUUCUCUUUCUUCUGCUCCCCACACUGCGAUCUUCUCCUUCGACGGCGAACUGAACAACAAGGAACAGUGGCGCGGCGGUGGUCUGGUGGUGCAACUGAGGCGAUGAUCGACGAUGGGUGGCGGCAGUGCGGUGAUGAAGACGCGCUGGCCUGACGAUUCGGCGGUCCGACAACUAGAGAUAGCAAUUUCGACCUGACCCAAUUUACCGGACCUGUUUGGCCUAUUUUGGGGCGAGGCGGGCAUGAGUAUCUCUCAUCAACCCGACCUGCCCUUACCCGCUCCAUUCUUGACUCGUUCUUGCCUAAAUUACAUAUAAUUUUAGUCAAAUUACUUAGGAUUCUCCUCUUAUUAUAUUAUAUUUUAGCUAUAAUAAAGUUGUAAUUAAGUGAAAACUUCAAUUUCUUCAAUAAUUUAACUAGAUUUUAUCAUAUUAUGGUUUCUUUCUUGGUCUUUUAAUGAAAAUAAUGAAUAUUCCUAAUGUUUUUUACUUAAAUAACAUACCCAUUGGGUCGGCCUGCCCCGAGCCGCGCCUCGUAAUUAAUUACCCGACCUGGACCUGACAUGCCAUGGGGUGGGUAUGGGUAUCGAGAUACCCGCCCUGGACCUGCCCCAUUGCCAUUCCUACCGACAACGGGAUAAGCUCGGCAAGAUGUCUGGUGGCGGCGACAAUGUUGGGGUGGAGCCACGGAAACGGCGAGCGGCGAUGUGAGGCGUCUGGUGGUGUUGAUCAGGUCGACGGCGGCGGACUCGGGAGGGAGGAACUGAAGCUCCAAGAUGGCAGUGGUGUGGGUCGGCGAUUGAGGGUGAGAUGACGACGGCGGCAUGGUGGUCGCAGGCGGCGACGGGUGAGCUUUUGUUAUUUAAUUUAUCUAAUUUUACGAAGUGAGGUAGGGUAGCGAUAUGAUUCAUUUAAUUUUCCAGAAAUUGUAGGAUGUUUGGAUUUGAGAUUAUGAAAGGGUGAAUGGUUGUUGAUUAAGAACGAAUCUCUUGAUUUCUUUGUUUUCUUUGUGUUGGCUAAAGAAAAUGGUUGCUCUCUCGAGUGGAAUUUCGAUCGAAAGAUUUGAACAAACUGGCUAUUUCCCCCCUCCCCCCGAUUCUCAUCCUGCUGCCUCUUCUUAUAGGAAACCGAAGACCACUAUACACCCAUCUCUCAACCACUUCAGCCUACUCCCAUCUCUAUAAUCAAUUUUCUGUACCCAGAUCUGAUUUCUCUUCCUUUCCAUUUACUCUUCUGCCUUGUACAACUCACCAAAGCAUGGAGCUUGGUUAUCUUUCUUGUUUUUGCAGGCAAUGAGGUGAGGAUGGAGGAGCAGAGGAGGAGCGGGUUUGGUCUGGUGAAUCAAACCGGUCUCACUCGCUAUGUGGGUUGCUAGGACAGAAUCUGUGGGCUAUGGGCCUUUUCAUUAUUUCUCUUUUGUUGUUGUUUUUGUUAUGGAAUGGGCUGAUUGGAAGUCCAAUGUGUAACAGAAAUGGAUUGUAAUGUGCUGAUAAAUUUCUAGUGUUUAAACCUAUCCAGCUCGAACAAAAUUAUUUAGUAUGAAAUUAACUCGGACGAAAAUGGGUGUCAACAACCCGAAUAUGAAAGUGGAGGAAUACGAAAUUGAUUUGGAAAAGGAGGACUAGAGGCGGUGGACAAAAUUGCCUAUGAUGGUGAGCUUUUAUUUCUGUCUUCUUUGUUGAGAUUUUAAAUUUCACCUACUCGAUUUUGGACACUCGCUGCAGAGCAGGACGGUAGCAAUGAAGAUUCCGAUGACAUGGUAUCGUUGAGUUUGUAAGCCUUAUCCAUAGGGGAACAAUGGAAACUGAAGGUGGUGGUGAUGAUGGACCAGCAGGAGGACGGGGUGAGAGUUUGUGUAACCUCUAAUGUUCAGGAUGGAAGAUGGGAGAAGCUUGGCGGCGGCCGAGGAGGGGCGAACUUUCGUCGUCUGAUCAGAUGGAAUUGAAAUCCCCUGCCAACAGCCAAUUAUUAGUACCUUGUUUAGACAGAUAAGUCCAGAAAGCACAAGAAAAGCCAACGAGAGGUAUGUAGUUUCAGUUUAAUUGCCGUCAUAGUUGGAAUGGACACGACUCCCUGGCGGGGAAAAGUAGGGCGAAGGUGGUGAGCUCUAUUUUUACUUUUGUAUUCACCGAUUGAUCUUCCUCCUACCUCAACCCCCUAAAAAUGAUCUUGCUUCUCACUUUUCUUGAUUUUACUGUUGCAAGCACAAGCUAAACAUGGAGUAGCAGCAAACAUGGAAAGGUAAGAGGGAUGGUGUGGUUUAUUUAGCUGUAUUGAUAAACUCAAUAUCUCUCUUUUAUAUAUUUUUGAAUGUGUUGUGUGGGAUUAACAGAUGGGCAAUGCUAACAAGAGAUAAAGUGAGAAGGGGCAAGAAGGUGACAAAAUUGCAACUUGGGACUUUCUAUUUUGUUCUUCAAUAUGUUCUUUGCUGUUUUGAAAUUCUCAAUUUGUUCAUGCUUGCUUUUUAAUCUCCAUUUGUUUGUGUUUAUUAUCGUUUUGUUUGUUGUUUGUGAACUCGAUUUAUCGAUUUAAUAGUUUUUGUUUUUGCAGCUGGGUUUCAUACGCCUGGGAACCAGCAAACGUGGGUGACGAACUUAUCGAGCUUUCCCUUCUUCUCAUUAUUUUCUUCGGGUCUGUCUUAUUCGACUAUUGUGUGCUUAUGGCUGUCUAGAAAUUGAGUUUCCUUAUCCAAACUCAACUAAAGAUUAUAUUUAUAUGCGCAGUCUAAUGAGCGACUUAUGGGUUGAACCAAAAGUAUGUGAAGUUGACAUUAUUCUUGAAACUAGGUAGACCAAUAUGAAACUUUUAUAUAGCAGCUACUGCUUUGCUAGCUUUUGUGUGAGCCAUUCUUUUGCUUUUACCUGCUUCCUCUUUUGAUUUAAUGAUGCUUGCUCAUUUUGAUGUAUAUACAUGUUUUUCCUGCAACUUCAGUUGAGGCCUUGCCGCGUACAUGUUCUUUCUGAAAAUGUGUUGGAUGCGGAUAGUUUCUAUUUUCCUCUGUGCUCUGCUUAAUUCAAUUAAAGUUUUGACAUGUAGAUAUUCGUAUUAUUUCAUUUGGUUUAUCUUUAGGUUGUAGUACAAUGAUGUUGCAGUUAAUGAUGUGUCAAAAAACUAUUUGAUUAUUCGCACAAAAGAAUUGCAGUUGCUACCAAGGGCUCAAAAUCAUGAGUUACACAAACAUACUGCUUGCUUUCACAUUCAUGCGUAGAAAGCUAUGUCUUUAUGCUCAGAAUCCUUCUCUUCAAAUUUCUUUUUUUUUAAAUUUUUUUUGCUACUGCACUUUUUUACCAGCCGCUGGGAUGAUGCAUCUACAAUGUUCAUUUAACUUAGUGGCUUCACCACAUUUUGCAUUCCAGGCUAUCUCUAUCAGCUACAUGAUUGUGUACAGAGAUAUACACCUCUAAGUUGAAUAGAAUACCGAUGCCACA